UAGCACCUCCAGGCAAUAUUUUACGCAAAACAUGAAGUUGGAGGCUAUUUUGAAAAAAAUGGGCACGUGUUUCUUGAAUCUUGAAUCCGGAUUUGAAUAUGGUCCUCAGGGAAGACUGCUUCUUCGGAACAUCGAAAAUAUUUGGUUUCAUCACUGUGUUACUACUUCGCGGUACAACGUAUUUUUAAGUGGUCCGGAUAAAUUUGCAAAGACUAUGCAAGGUCUGAAGGAUGCGAAUGUUGAUAAUUUACCGUUUGGACUUGCUGCUUUUGAAAUUUCAAAAAGUAUGUGGAACCAAUCACUAUUGAAUUUUGACAGUAAGGUUGUUGCUCAUAAGACUGCUAAAGUUUCUACAUUUAAUGAUGGCCUUAGUACCAAAGACUUGUUUCAUAAAAAGCAGAGAGAACGGAGAGCCUGGUGGCGAAAACUCUCACAACAACCCUCUAGAUUUGUCUUGUCAGAAGCUAAAAGGGUCAAAAAUAGCGAAAUAAUAGACAUAGAAGCACAGUUUCCUUUUGGAAACAUCAUUGUCGAGACGAUAACUUAUCAACGAGAUCUUCGAAAACUGCCAUUUCAGGACAAGACUGGUAAGGAUGAUAUAAUUGAUGUGAGAGUGGUAGAGCACGUUGCUUCGUUGGAUUGGGGUUGCCUGGCUUUACUCUGUGAUUCUUACAAGGAAACUGACUCAUCAAUCGAAUUACAAAUGCAACCAAAAAUCUCUCCUUACAAAGCAAUCUGCAAAGUCAAAAUAGAUACCACUGAUACGGAUUCGGUCAAAGAAGAUUUGAAUGAACUCAUGCUGUAUAUCAAUAGUUUACUGAGGACAAAAGGACUUAGUACAGUUUUUACGAGUAAAAAGGAUAGCCCUGAAAGUAUUCACGUUCCAUUCGUUAUAGCAGUAGAUAAGACAAGUUUAAAAAAUGGAAUAGUGAAAGUUACCAGUCAGGUGACAACCCUCGCUGAAUCUGUCCACGUUACUGAGUUAGUCAAUCACAUAGCUUUACAUUGUACUUAGGUAAAUAUGAGAAACUUGCGAUCCAAAAUUGUUAAGUUCUUUUUAAUCGAAAAUUUAUUUAUGAAGAAACCCAAGUUAAUUCUCGGUAAUUAGUUCAUUUAGCCUAUAAAAAGUUUAAGUAAUUUACUUACGCUUUUGUACACAUACAUUCUGUAUCAAGUUUCGAUCGCUAGCUUCUUGUCGAAGGAAAAAUUAAACACUGCACAAAAGACAAUUCAAUAAUUAUAAUGAUAUUUAUUUAAUAAAAAUCGUAAUUACGAUAACUUAAA